AUGAUCAGCCGACCCCAGACGAGGCCGCAGACUCUGCUGCGAGCUGUCGUCAAACAAGCUCAGUCUUCGCUUCCUCGAACUCAGCGUCGGAACAAGCACACCGUGCCACAGUGGGCAGACUCCAAGAAACAAGAGCGGUUCACCAAAUAUGGCGUUCCAGGCUUCCUUUCCCCAAACACAUACAACGAGACCUACGUGAAAUACACCCAACAUCUCUGCGAUCGAUUAAAUGAGUGGACUCAAGGCACGCCCGACGAGUCCACGUCUGCUUUCGACCUCCAUGCCAUCAACGCACACAAGCCCGAGCGAGCCGCGCUCUACAACCAUGCGGCCAUGGCCAACCACACCCACUUCUUCUGGGAGUCCUUGACUGAUGCCGAGGACUCGGUAGAGCGCCGUCCUGGUCUGAACACGAUGCGAUCGAUAGAGAUGGAUUAUGAAUCGGUCGACCACCUGCGCUCCGAGUUUCUCGAGAUUGCAGACUCCAUGUUUGGCAAUGGCUUCGUGUGGUUGAUGAAGCCACCUACGUCAGGCGGUCUUACCAUCCUGGCCACAUACAACGCUGGCAGCCCAUAUUCUGAAGCCGCCCCCAGAAGAGACAACCGCGACAUGGCCACCUACGAUGGCCGCCAACUUGCCGCGCAGCUUUCCGGCCGCGGCGGACUCGGGGCGGGCAGUCUGGAAGAGCGGACGUUGGGCCGCGGAGGCGGACUGGGCGUGGCUGGCGCGUUCGGUGACUUCAGCUCCGCGCGGGCAAACCUGUACGCCGGUGCCCUCAAUGCCCAGCCCAUUCUGUGCGCCAACGUGUGGCAGCACCAAUACAUUCCCGACUGGGGCGUGCUCGGCAAGCGGGCGUACCUGACCGCCUGGUGGGAUCACAUUGACUGGCAAAUGGUUGAGCGACGGCAUUCCAUGUACGAGACCGAGGGCGAGAGGUUCACGCCGAACAGAAACUCCCGACCAUACGCGAAUGUCAUGGAUGCAGUCACCAGAGCUAUGUAA